GCACUUGAGUAAGUGUGUGAGCUCAGCCAUCGCCGAGCUCCGCCUCCUCCUCAUCCUCACAGAGCUUGGCUGCGUCCAUGCUCACGAUGCUUUCCACCCGAUCACUCGUGCUUGUGAUCGGAGCUUCGAAACCAACAGGGACUGCGAUUCUCUCGAGCUGAGAUCUGUGUACUUGGAUUCAAUUACUGGGAUCUGGCGCUGAUAACUGGGAUUUUGGACAUUAGAUCUGGUCUGUGUGUUGGCUUGUGUGUUUGGGAGUGUUUGCUCCUGUAGGCUUGGCGGCGGUUGAAUUGAAUUUCAGCGCGGUUUGUAGACUGCGAGGAGUGCCGAAGAUGGAAAUGUCUCUUGUGACGACGACGUGGAGGAGCAUGUAAAGAGAUAAUUUAGGGAAGGAUUUCCUCAUGAGCUUCUUUCAGCUGAGUUCGGAAGCGUUUGAUUAGUUUAUUAUUGGUGUCAGCUGGACACUAUGACUUGCGAGAUUUUGGUCAGGAUGGGUGGUUCUUCUGUGAUAUUUUCAAAGAUUCGCGGAGUAGUGCAAGCUGUGAAUUCUUACAAGGUCACUCUUGCGUGUGGUUUUAUUACUAUACUGCUUGUGCAAACAGCCUUAGUGCAUUACAAAGCAGAUGACCAGAUCUCGGGCGACAUUGAGGGCAUGGCUUCGUGGACUCCUGUGGAGACCAAUCGACAUGGACGUAAGCUGGCCCAGGACACUGUGUCAUCUGAUCCUGAGAAGCCGGAUCCAGUGACGGCCAGUAAAUUUGUAGAGGAGGAGAAAUGGGACCCUAGUACACCUUACACCCUGGGUCCAAAAAUCUCCAACUGGGACAUGCAGCGAGUGUUGUGGAAUCAGAAAAACCCAGGCAGGAACAGGACUCGCAAUGGCAAACCAAAAACCAUGCUCGUGUCGGGGUCGCAGCCCGGCCCCUGCAGCAACCCGAUGGGUGACUUCUACCAUUUGAAGUUUGUCAAGAACAGGCUCGACUACGCUCGCCUUCAUGGACUCGAGUUUUUCUACAACAUGGCGACGUACUCGAAGGAGAUGACUUCGUUCUGGGCUAAGCUGCCGCUGCUGAGGAAGAUCAUGGUGAACCACCCUGACAUCGAGUGGAUAUGGUGGAUGGACAGUGACGCGAUCUUCACGGACAUGACCUUUGAGAUGCCCAUGGAAAAAUACGAGGGGAAGAACCUGGUUGUGCAUGGGUUUCAUAAUUUGUUGUUUGAGCAGCAUCGUUGGAUAGGUUUGAAUACCGGCAGCUUCCUCAUCAGAAAUUGUCAGUGGUCACUGGAUCUGCUUGAUGCUUGGGCUGUUUUUGGGCCGGAAGGAGAAACUAGGGUCAACGCAGGUAAAAUGUUGACAGCUAAGUUGGUUGAGCGUCCCACUUUUGAAGCCGAUGAUCAGUCCGCCCUCGUGUAUCUUAUGCUCUUUGACGACCCUAAAUGGAAGCUGAAGACGCACAUUGAGUGGGAGUUUUAUCUCCACGGCUACUGGAAGUACUUGGUGUACAAGUACGAAGAAUUGAUGGCGAAGAGUCACCCUGGUUUCGGAGACGAACGAUGGCCUUUCGUGACACACUUCGUGGGGUGCAAGCCCUGCCAACUGUCUGUAACUCCAGAGGUGGAAGAAUGUUUCUUGCAAAUGGAGCGAGCUUUCAAUUUUGCAGAUAACCAGGUGCUGGAAAAGUAUGGUUAUGCCCACAGGGCCCUAGCAUCUUUCAAGACGCAACGCAUUCGCAAGGACACUGCAGAUCCGCUAGGUUUACUGGAGGAGCGCAAACCAAAACCCGAAGAUGAAACGGCUUCUCUCACCUUCCAGGAGAAGCAGUUUUUGCAUAACAAGGAACUCGCGGAGCAGGCAGAAAUUUGGGGACGAACUUAGAUGUUAUUUACUAUAUCCACUGCAUUAAUCUACUCAGAGAUGGCCUGAUCCAUUCUUCUUCGGCAUUAAGGUGACCUCUAACUACCACGUCCUCUCGCACAGAUUUAUCAGUUUCCUUCAUUGUCCUCAAUCAUUGAGCCUAGUGUACAAGUACCUCAAACCAAGAUCAGGUCUGACUUGGGUCGGGUCUGCCGGAUUUGAGCCAUGUGCAAAGAAGCGUAUUUUAUCAAAUUCUCAGAAAUGGGGCUCAUGCACUGGCUUGUGGGUAUGCAGUGACUUAGAUAUCCUUUUAAAGUGUGGCAAUGCUUGGUCUCAAGGAUUGAUGAAAGCCCACUGAGCUUAGUCUGUACAGUACUAUCAAGCAGUUGGUAUUUGUAUUGAAUUUGAAGAAAUUCGAAAUUGAAUCAACUCUUGCGUGAUUCUUGCGUCCAGAGCUCCUUGGAAUUCGAAUCCUAACUAGACCUUCCUGCUACAAAAGCUGCUGGUGCCCUGGAAUGGAAUUAUCAUCUCUUUGCAGUUAGGAGAAGUUGUGCGCAGAUAAUUCUGGCGUUGUUUUCAUGUCCCAUCAGCACUUUUAGAGCCUGAAGCUGCUGAAACAUACUUGAUUAUUGUUCAGCAAAUUUUGAAUUCUUUAAGCAAAGCCAUUGGUCAUAAA